ACGCAGUUUACUGAUUCACCAACGCUGAUUUAUCUAAGAGCUCUGGUACAGAGCCAGAGCUGAUCUCCGGAUUCAUCAUGACCACAGUGUGGACCGCAUUGUUGCUUUGUGUGUCUAUUUACUUGUGCAUUCCGUUGGGGUCUUAUGGUGCAUUAAUAGUCUCAAGAGAGGAUAGUGAUGGCAGCGUCAGCAGGCUUUUAAAGAAACGAAGUGUGAACAGCGCUGAGAUAGAGGUGCAGAAUGUGAAGAUAGACUGCAAGGUGGCGUCUCGUUUCGCACACACUGUCAUGACCUCCACAGCUCUGAACAAGGCCAACGUCUCACAGGAAGUGUUCUUUGAAGUGGAGUUACCGAAGACGGCCUUCAUCACCAACUUCAGCAUGGAGAUUGACGGCAAGACAUAUGUGGGAGAGGUAAAAGAAAAGGAGAAAGCCAAGAAGCAGUAUGAGAAGGCUGUGUCGUCUGGACAGACCGCUGGUCUAGUCAAAGCCUCAGGCAGAAAGAUGGAGAAGUUCUCUGUGUCUGUGAACAUCGCCGCCAACAGCAACAUCACAUUCACACUUACUUAUGAGGAGCUCCUUCAGCGUCGCUUUGGCAAAUAUGAGAUCAUGAUUAGAGUCAAACCCAAAGAACUGGUCCAACACUUUGAGAUUGCUGCAGAUAUUUAUGAGCCGCAAGGCAUUGCGUUUCUGGACACUCAUGCCACUUUCAUCACCAAUGAACUGCUCCCCCUGGUGGAGAAAACUGUUACUGACAAAAAGGCCCACCUGUCCUUUUCUCCAACUCUGGACCAGCAGAGGAAAUGCCCAGACUGUGACGGUACACUAAUAGAUGGAGAUUUCUUCAUUAAGUAUGAUGUCAAACGAGCAGAGGAUCUCGGUGACAUUCAGAUAGUGAAUGGGUACUUUGUACAUUUCUUUGCCCCAGCUGAUUUGCUGCGAUUGCCAAAGAAUGUAGUAUUUGUGUUUGACAACAGUGGAUCAAUGAGUGGUAAAAAGAUGGAACAGACUAAAGAGGCACUACUGACCAUUCUCAGCGACUUGAAUCCGGAAGACCAUUUUGGGCUGAUCAGGUUUGACCAUACGAUUCAAAAAUGGAGACCAUCAGUGAGCAAGGCAACGCAGGAAAAUGUGAAAGCAGCAAAAGAGUUUGUAAAAAACAUAUACGCAGCUGGAGGGACAAAUAUCAAUGAUGCUCUUCUUUUGGCUGUGGACAUGCUAACUGCAGCUAAGGAAAACAAGAUCAUCUCAGAUAACAGUGCCUCCAUGAUCAUCCUACUGACAGACGGACGUGCCAAUGCAGGUGAAGGUCGUCUGUCCAAGAUUCAAGAGAAUGUCCAGGAUGCCAUUGGUGGAAACAUGAGCCUCUUCUGCUUGGGCUUUGGCUAUGAUGUGGACUAUAAUUUUCUGGAUGUGAUGGCCAAGCAGAAUGAUGGUCUGGCUCGCAGGAUCUAUGAGGCAUCAGAUGCUGUUCUUCAGCUGCAGGGAUUCUACAAUGAAGUGGCAAGUCCUCUCCUAUCAGAAGUGCAUUUUAAAUACCCAGAAGACACGGUGAACUCCCUGACUGGCAGCUACUUCAAGCAGUUCUUCAACGGCUCUGAGAUUGUGGUCGCAGGCCGACUGAACGACAUCGAGAUGAACGAUUUUGCAGUGGAAGUUUCGGCUCAGGGGGAAGAGAAUGACUUUGUGAUAAAAGGUCAGGCCACUGCUCAGAAGUGGGAUACCAUUUUUCCUGAUCAAGAGUACAUUUUUGGAGACUUCACAGAGCGUCUCUGGGCAUAUCUGACCAUCCAACAGCUCUUGGAUAAAAAAGACAAGGGUACAUCUGAAGAGAAGGUGAACGCCACGGCUGAAGCACUGGAACUCUCGCUGAAGUAUAACUUUGUCACCCCGCUGACCUCUAUGGUGGUCACUAAGCCUGAAACUGAUGAAAAGCCAGAGGACACUAUGAUUGCUGAGAAGUUAACUGAAGAUCAGCGUACAGGCAUUUCAACUCCAUAUCAGCAUACAGGCGUUUCAACUCCAUAUCAGCAUACAGGCGUUUCAACUCCAAGUCAAACUGUUCCAACCGGUUAUAGUUAUUUUUCAUCACCUAUAAAUUGGGUUGAUGGAGAUCCACAUUUCAUCAUCGAGUUACCAGAUAAAAAUGAUGCACUGUGCUUCAACAUCAAUGACAAACCAGGUACCAUCUUCAACCUGGUCAAAGACCCUCUGACAGGCACCGUAGUAAAUGGACAAACCAUUGGAGACAAGAAGGUGAACCCUGCUAGCAAAGAGAACACCUACUUUGGGCGAUUUGGGAUCAUUCAUGAGAAGUUUGGUAUCAGAUUAAUGGUGUCCACACAGGAGAUCUUUGUGUCUGAACAUGGCAAACAGGCAAAACUCUUCUGGUCUGACAAUACCUCUGUCAAAGGCCUCAACAUGGACCUGCAAGUAACCAAAGAUCGCAGUCUAACAGUGACACUAAAGAACUCGGUGAAGUUUGUUAUCAUCCUGCACAAAGUGUGGAAGAAGCACCCCUACCACCAGGACUACCUGGGCUUCUACACCCUGGACAGCCACCUCUUCUCCCAAAGAGUCCAUGGCCUACUUGGACAGUUCUAUCAUGGUGUACAGUUUGAGGUGAGCGAGCUCUUUCCUGGGAAGGAUGCGGACAAACACGAUGCCUUCAUGUUCGUGAAGGGACACAGGCUUGUAGUCACAAGGGGCUGGCAGAAAGACUUCAGAAAUGAUGUGAAGAAUGGAGAAAAUGUGCCCUGCUGGUUCAUUCAUAAUAACGGCACUGGGCUCAUUGAUGGAGACCUCACAGACUACACUGUCUCUGGCCUCUUCAAGACCAACUGAGAGAGAAUGUCUGCAUUUCAGAAGACUACAGUUCACAUGCAUAUUGAGGCAUUUAGUGACAGUCAUAAGAGUACAUGAUGAAUGAGCUACAUUAUACUGUCAGAAUAAAAAUUAUACAUGAUUCUCAA